AUGUUGCACUACAAGCCGUUUUUGUUCCGUCAAAGGAGAAAUGCGAACGAGUUCAAUGGCGCGGGGAGUAUUUUGAUUACAUGGGAAUCCACGACAUGCGUGUAUACUGUAUGGGGGUACGAUGUUGUAGAUCUGGAGCCAGGCAGUGGUCAGUUUUGCGAUCUGGACUACCAUACCACAACUGGUAAGGUCGACAAACCGGCGAAGAUACCUACUACGGUAAGGUAA